AUGAUUUAAGAAAAAUAGUAAUUUUUUUUUAAAAGAGCAUGUGAAUAAUGUAUACUAAGUAUAUAUCUUCAAAUAAUUUUAUUUAGAUGAAAACCCUUAUGAAGAAAAUGAAGAAAAUAAUUCUUAUUAUCUAGUUUAAUAAGAAAAAGUUGACGAAAACUGUCUGAUUCAACCUUGUUUUUGUAAUGUAAUUAUGCAUAGAGAAUGUAUUAAAAGAAAAAUAAUAAAAUAAAGAAGUCCUAAAUGUGUAACUUGUUCGGCUUCUUAUUAAGCAAGAGAAACUAAUUCAAUUUAUGCUCAAUCAUUUAAAAAAUACAGGAUGAAUAAAAUUAUUAUGAAAACUUUGCUAAACAUUUUUGGCACUGUUAUCAUUGCUUUAGCUAUGCUUUAUUUAAUUCAAAUUAAGACUUAUUAAUUAUAUGAUUAUAUUUUAUAAAUGAUAACUGUUGCAUUUGGUUGUCUUAGUUGUUUGUUGAUGAUUGUGUACAUAUUUUUAAUUGUAUUAUACUUCUUUAAUUUAGAUUGCAAAUGGUAUUAUAAGAUCAAAAAUCUUUGAUAUUGAAAUAUUAUGCUAUCAAAAUGAAACUAAAUAACAUUCAGAUAAUUAAGCUGUAGAAUAAUUUCUAGAAAGACUUUAAUUAAGUGGAAUAACUGUUUGA